ACACAACCAAACUAAGGAAGUGAAAGAAAACUUUUGCAAUUCGUAAACGUUCAUAAAAGCCUUGCUUCUUCAGUGAACUAAUCUAAAACACGUCUUUCUUUUACGAAAUACUGUGGACUUUAAAACACAUACCGGUGUCAUGUUUACAUCCAAAUAGACGUGAAAUGAAAAAUAAUAAUCGGACCUAAAAGAAAGUUGCUAGUUGAAUCUGAAAGCCGCUUAUUUUGCAAUGCGUCUGUGUUUAAUUUUGCUUUUUCUGUUACCAUUUGGGCGGGCAACAUUGCCUCUUGUUAUAAACACAUGGGAAUUCCAGCAUGCUGCUGACGCAGCUUGGAGAGCUCUGCAAGCCGGGGGCUCAGUGAUGGACGCAGUGGAGAAGGGCUGUUCCCGCUGCGAGGCCGAGCAGUGUGAUGGCAGCGUGGGCUUUGGUGGGCACCCGGACGAGAGGGGAGAGACUACCCUGGAUGCCAUGAUCAUGAACGGUAAUACGAUGGAGGUGGGUGCAGUAGGGGACCUUCGGAGGAUCAAGAAUGCCAUCAGUGUGGCAAGAGCUGUGAUGGAACACACAGAGCACACGCUGCUGGUCGGAGAGUCAGCUUCACAGUUUGCUGAGAACAUGGGGUUCACUGCUGAAGACCUGACAACAAACAACUCUAUCAGCGUUUUCACACAGUGGUUGAAGGACAACUGCCAACCCAACAAUCGGAAGAAUGUUUCCCCAGAUCCUUCGAAGUACUGCGGACCAUACAAACCUGGACCCACGCUGAAGCACAGAAGACGUCGAGAGAUUGAUAUUCAUGCACAUGAUACUAUUGGGAUGGUCGUGAUUGGUCGGGAUGGCCAAAUUGCAGCAGGAACAUCAACCAAUGGAGCGAACUACAAGGUCCCAGGGCGUGUAGGGGACUCUCCGAUUGCUGGAGCAGGGUCCUAUGUUGAAAGUGCUGCAGGCGGCGCAGCUGCAACAGGAAAUGGAGACGUCAUGAUGCGUUUCUUACCUAGCUACCUUGCUGUUGAGUUGAUGAGGAUAGGAACGGAGCCAUCCACUGCUUGUGAGACUGCCAUCUCUCGGAUUAAGAGACAUAACCCAGGGUUCUUUGGGGCUAUCAUCUGUGCCAAUUCAACAGGCCACUACGGGGCUGCUUGCAACAAGAUUCCUGGAUUCACCAGAUUCCCUUUUGUGGUGUACAACUCACAGACCAACACUCCUCUUUUACAAUCAGUGGACUGUUUUUAAAACCAUUCAUUGUUCUUUUGCGGUAAUGUGACCUUGAUGAAAUAUGUGUAUGAUGAAGCAUAGGCGCCGAUUUAUGUUUUCCUCCGUGGGUGCUCAUAGGCGCACGCCAUUUAUUUUUAUAUAUAUAUAUA